AUGGCCACAACUACCACACAGGAAGCUCCACAGCACCGUCAACGCACAUAUCAUGACCGUGACGAUGCAGCGUACGUCCUUCCAAACGAUGCUGCCGAACACGCCCGCCUCGAAAUCCAAGCUAUUCACCUCUCCAACAUAAUGAACGGCCAACCCAUCCACGCCCCGCUCUCCCUCACCACCUCAAACCUUCGCAUCCUCGACGUCGGCUGCGGAACCGUCUUCGGCCUAGACCUAACCCCAGUCCCACAACUCCGCGAUCGUCCACCAAACGUGAAGUUCCUGCAAGGGAACGUCCUCGAAGACUCACCACACAAGUGGGUCGACAGAGCUGGAGACGCACCUUUGCCGAAUAGCCAGGGCCUCUUCGAUCUCAUUUUCAGCCGCCUACUUCCAAAGUACAUCCACACCGAAUACUCCCUCCUCAAACCCGGCGGUUACGUCGAGAUCCAAGACGUCGAUUUCCGCUGGUACGACUCUUCAGGCGCGGACAUUAGCAAAUCGUGGGCUUGGUGGCAGCGUGUGCGUGCCGCGGGCAUUGCUAUAGCAUUGGACUGGGAUUGCGGGAAGAAGGCAGCGCAAAGAUUGAAAGAUGCGGGUUUCGUGGAUGUUGAGGUUAAGACUUAUCGGUGGCCUUUUGGAGGACAGUGGGAGGAGGAGCAGGCGUGGGGGGACAUUGGGGAGUAUGUUGCGGCGGAGGUUGGGAACUUGAAUUAUCAUAUGGUUGGCAGACUAAUGGGGAAGGUUGGGGCGGGAGAGGAUGAGAUUAGGGGAUUGCAGGAGGAGGCGGUGGAGCAUUUGAAGGCGGAGGAGGGGAAGCAUUGGGUUUAUUAA